AAGUCGUCCCUUCCGUUGCGCCGGUUAGCGGGACGCCUCGAGGAUCCCCGUUGAUCCCCGUCAAGCGGGAAUUAAAAACUUGCGCGACACAGAGAAGCGAAUCCCCAUCUCAGCGAUCCGACUCACAGGGACCUUUGACGCGAAACGACGCGGACGCGGGCGUGAUCUAACCGCCGCUUCUCCGCGGCAAUGACAGAAAAGAUGGCCAUCGCCGCCUCGGAGAAUUAUCAGCUCAAAUGGCACAGCUACGGAGCGCAUCUGCACAGCUCCGUCGCGACUCUGCUUCACUCAGAAUCCUUCGCGGACGUUUUACUGGCAACGUCCUGCGGGCGGCACGUGGCGGCCCAUCGAUUCGUCCUCGCGGCUUGCUCGUCUUACCUCAGUCACAUUUUUCAAACAUGCCAUUUCGGCGCCAACACCAACGCUCCGAUAAUCGUGGUGUUGCCUACGGAGAUAGGAUACCGCACGUUAAAAAUCCUGAUACAGUACAUGUACAGUGGCGAAGCCACUGUGACCAACGAUCAGCUGGAAGGAGUCCUCAAAGCCGGCGACAUACUACGUGUACGUGGACUGUGGAGAUCAAAUACCGGCAGCAGCAAGAAGGAAAACAUACAAUCGAAUAAUCAGAAAAUCGAACGUGACAAGCGGGAAACGUCACAGCUGACCGGACAAAUACAAAAGAUCAAACUGGUACAACCAACCGCGGAGAAGGUAAUCGAGAAUGUACAGCAAGCAGCCACGACUUGCCAAAAUAAUAUACAGCCCGCAAAAUCGGUUGAAAGGAAGAGCACAGAGAAAAUCGAGGAUAAGACUAACGAAUCUGAGACUAAGAAAGUCUCGGAGGAGAAGAAUGAGCAGAGCAAAAACAAGGAAAACCUCGAGACAAACGGCAAAAAGAAGAAACCCGUUAACAGCGACGUCGAAUCGAAUAAGUCCAAGAGCGAAGGUGGUGAAAACACUGAAUUAAACUUGGAGUUGUUAGUAAAAGACGAGCCGAUCGAUUGGGAAGAAACGAUCGACCCGUCGGAAUCACUCACGAUAGACCAUGAAAUCGAUAUCAAACCAGAGAUCGUACAUAGCGCGGAUGAGGAUGGAGAUAUGGAGGAGGAAGAAUAUACCCCACUGACAUGCGAUAUGUGCAGUCAAACGUUUAACAGACCGUCGGAUUGGGUGAGACAUAUAGAAUUUACGCACGCUGACAUGACUGAAAAUCGGAGAAAGAAACGAAAGGACGAUAUAAACGACGACAGCAAGGACUUUCCCCCUCUGAAGUGUGAUCUAUGUGGCAACAUGUAUUCCACACCGCAAGAGUGGGUGCGUCACAUACAGACGGAACAUACAGAGGAGCAGUUGGCCUUGAUGAACAAUUCGGCGCCCCCUAAGCCGAAAAGGGUUCACAAUCACCAAAAGUUAUGCAACAUAUGUCAAAAAGAAUUCCCGAGUCACGCUUCGAUGGUCAUCCAUCAAAGAACGCAUACGGGCGAAAAGCCUUUUCUUUGCUCUUACUGUAAAAAAGGCUUCAACGUAAAGAGCAACUUGCUGAGGCAUUUAAGGACACUGCAUGACAAAUACGUACAUCCUAGCUUAUACGGAAGUAAUGGUAGCACGAACGCUUAA